UUGGACUUCUUACUUGGAUUCACUUUCACCACCUUGGCGCCUGCACCUUCCAAACUUCGGCCCUCACCUAAUUCUCUUGGAUUAUUAUUGAUGCUGCUGUCUUCUAUUGUGCUGCAUCUCCUUCAAUGUCAUUGUUGUCGUUCGAUUGUAGUCAAGUUGGCGGCCCGGGCAUCUUGGCCUCCGCUCGGCUUAAUCAUCUGUUGACAGUGCAUAUACGUCCUAUUGUCGCGUCCUCCUCUUCCUAUUCUUCACUACUACAAUCAUAUUGUCCACCAGCGUCAAUAGCGGCCUUAUAAGUUUUUUGCUCUCCCCGACAUUUUCCCAAGUUCUUCUCCCAUCCUCUCUCGAUUUGUCAACCUCCUCUUACGCCUUCUCCAGCUAUCUGAUAGCGACAACUCAACAUCAUCCUCUGUCGACUCUUUCAUCAAAAUACAAAGAGUCACCAUGAAUUCCACUCAACCUGGUCCGUCUCAGACUGGUCCUACUCCUCGUCGCUCCGCUCGUCUUGGGUCCGCGUCCGUGCAAUCGGUAGCUACCACCACCGCGACUCCCUCCAGGGCGGGCAAUCGCCGCAAGGGCACUCUUCCCAAGGCCAAGGCUCGCGAGUCUCAUGCCUAUGGUUCUUCUAGCCGCGUCGGUGCCGCCGAGCAGCUCUCCGUCCCGGUGACGGGUUUCGCUCAGGCAUUCGACGCUCAGCGCGACACGGCGGUAACGCGCGAUGAAGCCGACCGCCCUGAUCAUGACAACAACAACGAAGUCCCCGAGGAGCUUGCUGCGCAUGGCCCGCCUUCUCACUUGCAGUCCCAGACCCCCGCGCUUCUGAAUGGCAAAGUCACAAACCGCUCUCAGGUCGUCGAGGAGGAGGAAGAAGAACCCGAGACCCCCUCUGCCUUGGACACCUCCAAGUCGUACGGAAUGGAGCACGAGGCCGGCAUGCUCUUUGGCCGUCCUACCCCAGUCAACGGUCUUCGCGCCUCCUCCAGCUACGGUAUCACACCCAUCGCUCGCAACACUGCUGGAUUGGCAGCUCAGAGGCGUCCCCUUCCUCCUUUGUUCAGCACGGCCAGCCAGCGCGCUCAGCCUCUUUCUCAAGGCGGAAUCGCCAGUCGUCCUCAAGCCGCUCAGGGAGCCCAUCGCUUCGGUCAACAGGGUGCGGCCUCUGCGGGUACUACUGCCGCUCCUGCUGAUCGCUCCCAUGCUCGUGCACGUGCAGACGACCAAAUCAAGACUACCAUGCGCGAUUCAAUCCCUAGCGUUAGGUCUUUCCUUGUCCACACGGCCAAAGGCUUCUUCGCCGUUGCUGGUGCCGUUCUGUUCUGUUACCUGAUGUACUCCUCUUACAACCAUGGAAUGCUCGGAGCUGUCGCGUCUCGAACCGCGUACACUUGGAAUGGUCUCGUAUCUCGCAUCCAGCCUCCUGUUGUCCAGGCUCCUCCUGUUUCUACCAUCAUUCCCGGUCGCGACCGUAAUGGAAGGAAGCCCGGAGAUCCUCUUUACGACUACUUUUGGGACAGAGUUGCUAGGCUAGAGGACAAGACUGCUGUCAUGGAAAAGCAGUCGACCGGCUUCGAAGCCACACUCGAAGAGUUCAAGCGCCAGCUUCCCACCGCAGUUCUCGCUACCCGCGGUCCCGACGGCACUCUCUCCAUUCCCGAUGACUUCUGGCGCGCUAUUGCCAGCAAGAUGCAAGCCGAAGGCCUGAGCGACAGUUCUACCGUCUCCGAAUGGAACGCCUUCCUCGAACACAACCGUGCCAAGAUUCUGCGCUUCAUGGACGAUGAAAUCAAGAAAUCCCCUCUCAAAAACAGCUUCAGAAUUGUCUGGCAAGACGAACUCAUGAACAUGAUGCGAGCUGAAUACGCCAAGCUCUCCUCCCUCAUCGACACAAAAGUCUCCGAAGCCGUCAAAGUCAUGUCCAAGACCAUCGCCAAAGACGCAAGCCGCAACAUCGUCCUCGACGAACUCCGCAUUGAAUCUCUCGCCCUGGCCAACCUCCUCGCCAACACCGAGCUCAAUCUCCGCAAAGUCAACUACUUUUCUCCCGGCCUAGGCGCCCGUGUCGACCCUUACCAGACAUCCUCCACAUACUCACCGCCCGCCACCUGGAAAUCCUGGGCCUACAACAAGGCUUUGUUCAAAUCCACCCGCCGCCUCCCUCCCAUGGCCGCCCUCCAGAACUGGGAAGAACCCGGCGACUGCUGGUGCGCAGCCCCUUCCACAUCCACCCCGGGCCAGGCACAACUCUCCGUCAUCCUCGGGCACCCAAUGAUCCCGUCACAAGUCACCAUUGAGCACCUCCCCAAGCAGGCCUCGCUGGACUCCAGCACCGCUCCGCGCGACAUAGAGCUCUGGGUGCAGUCGGAUGAGCGCGGUGCUGGGGUCCGCGAAUGCAGCGAGGGGCCAGAGGGCUGGGUCUGCCUGGGGAAAUUCGCCUACAAUGUCCACGGCGAAAACCACGUACAAACCUUUGGCCUGGAUGGCCUUUUGACGAAGCCCGUACAGAGGGCGAUGGUGAGGGUGGAGAGGAGCUGGGGCAAGGAAUACACCUGCCUCUACCGGGUGAGGCUCCACGGGGAGCCUGCCCCGUGAGGAGGAGGUGGUUGAGGAAGGGGGAGAGGG